AUGUUCAAGUUAGCUUUCUGUGUUCUUUUCGCGGUCGCGGCGGCUAAGCCCGACGAACUCUUCCUGACACCGCAUUUAACACCGCUCUCUACAACUUACAUAGCACCGGCGACUACAACAAUCACCAAGGAAGCCUCUGGUUUUAUAAACCAAGGGCCACUGCUGUAUUCUACACCUUUGGGAUACGCGCAUUACAUCAAGAAGCGUAGUGCUCCGUUGACCUACAUCGCACCAACCACCUAUUUGGCCAAGCCCGCGGUGGCGACAUAUACUUCUCCUCUGGCGACAUACUCGGCACCUAUCUGGCCAGCAACACUGCCUUUUGCCAACGCUCAUUUCAUCAAGAAGAGGGCCGCUCCACUCUUGGCUACAUCUUAUAUUGCUCCUACCUACGCUGACCCGUUGUUGGCAUCGACUACUCCCUUGGUUUCUUCUUCGUGGAUCGCCCCUACUUCUUACGUAUCGCAGCCUCUGGCCUAUGCCGGCCACUUUAUCAAGUAA